AUGGCGGUAUCGGGUAGAAAGGUUGCUGAUUUUCAAGGUUCCAUAUCCAAAGGUUCCGCAGAGGACUUUGACCAUAGAUGUGAACCAUGUUUGGCGAUUGGUCAGCAAAUAGAGGCUCAUGGAUUUUGUGUGGACUGUCAAGAACACUUGUGUAUGAACUGUUUUGCUUAUCAUCAAAGGUUAAAGGCGAACAAACAUCACCACCUGGUAAACAAAGAUAACAUGGCUAAACAUGCUUUUAGCAAGGAAUCAGACGAAUGCACUGAGAAGUGUCAAGUGCACAAAAAGGAAGUAAUUAAAUUUUUCUGCCCAAAACACGAAGCUCUCGGCUGCAACGAUUGUAUCGUCCUGAAUCACAAAGCAUGUGACAUUGACUAUAUACCUGAUAAAUGUGCAGGUAUUGGCGACAGUGCAGAGUUCAGAGAGUUACUAAGGCAACUUGGUCAAAAAGUAAAUGAGGCUGAUGAUAUUAUAAAGCAGGCCUCACGUAGAGAAAAAGAAUUGGAUUCCUGCCAUGACAGACUACUCAAUGAAAUUUCAAUGCUUCGCAAAGAGAUAAAUGAUCGCUUAGACCAGCUACAAAAGCAAAUCCAGACAGACGCUGACAAAAAAAAGUUCACAGAUAAACAAAUGGUAAAUAAGGUGCUUGUAACGUGUACAACUACUUCUUCAGAUUUCAAAGAACUACAGUCGAGACUACAAGAUUACAAAGCCUCACGGCAGAAUGGACAACUUUACAUUACAAUUAAACAAGCUAAAUCCAAACUAAAGUCAGACGAAAUAAAGGAGGCAGGCAGAAGUUUAGAAAAGACAAACAUGCAAUACACAUUUGAGCAAAACCAAGACCUAAAAAACAUGCUUUCAAGACAAAAUGCACUUGGUAAGCUCACAAUGUCGUCUUCUCUUGUAACUACAAAGGGGCGGAAAUCUGUUGACAAAUUGACCCGCAAAGAAAACAUAAGUAUAAAGACAAUGUCAGAUCAGACUAGGUGCUGGGUCACAGCAUGUGUUGUCUUGCCCUCUAACAAAAUUGUGGCGGCUGAUUUUAACAAUGAGAAACUGAAAGUUGUUGACAUAAAAAAUAAAGUGGUAAUAGAAGAGACAACACUUUCUUCGAAGCCAUGGGGCAUUGCAGUAAUGCCUCAGGACCAUAUUGCUGUGACAAUGCCACACAAGAAAGAGAGCCUUAUAAUGACAACAGCAGGUAAACUGUCAACUGUCCGCAAGUUUCCAGUUAAAGUAGACUGUAGAGGUAUAGAUUAUCAUCAAGGUCAUCUCUAUAUAGUUAGCAAUUAUCUAAAGUGUGUAUAUGUUACAGAUACACAAGGUAACGUACAGAACACAAUUAAACUGGAUGAUAAGAUAUUUGAUAUACCAUACUACUUACUGCUGAGUAAGGAUCUGAGACAUAUCUUCAUCAGUGACGUUGGUAGACACAGUGUCAUCAGUAUAACAUUACAAGGUGAUAUAUCUGCUGAAUACAAAAACAAAGACUUUAAAGACCCACGGGGAAUGAUGAUGCUAGACGAUGGAUCAUUGUUGGUGUGUUGUUAUAGGGCAAAUGGCAGCAUACAUCGUAUCUCGAGUGAUUUGAAGCAAUGUCACACAAUGAUGAAUGGUCUGUCGUUGCCAUACACUCUGUGCUAUAACCAUGAUCAACAUGAGGUCUAUGUCGGAUGUUUUGAAGAUCAGAUGAUUGUGUUUAGUGCCAAAUAA